CACACGACUUCCUGUCGGUCUGCUUACACUGUUGCUUGAACGACGCUGUGAGUCAGAAGUGUACGAGGGCUUUUUGGACAGUGUAGAUCAUUGGAGACUUGAAAAUGGCACAGGCUGAUCCAAGACUAAAGAAAAUAAGAAUCCAGUCCGGUGUUGUAAAAAGAUUAACAAAGGAGAAAGAUAUGUAUGAAAAAGAAGGUGAACAAUUUGCACAGAAAAUAGAAAAGCUGAAAGCAGAAGGAGCUGAUGAGUACGUACUCAAGAAGCAGCAAGAGGUUCUACAAGAGUCAAGAGCAAUGGUACCAGACACAUUAAAGAGGCUAAAAUCAGCUUAUGAAGAACUCAAAACCUUAUUGGAGGCAGAAAAUGAUCUUGCAGAAGCAGAAGAAUACAAACAAGCUGAAUCUGCCCUAGAAUUAGCCAAGGUCGUGGUGGAAUAAUUGUGAACACUUUUUUUGUUUUAUUAGCAUCACUUCCACCAGCCACAGCCCAAUAAAGCGGGACAUUUCACUGCUAAUAGGAAAAGCUGGUUUGUUACUCACGGGAUUUCGGGCCCAUAUUUGUUUCAUGCCUUUUGUGGCAGGACAUUUUCAUUAAAAUUUUUAAUCUGUAUUCUUUGUUACAUUUCAGAUUAUCAGAUCAGUGCAUGGUGCAAAAUGGAUAGAGAGAAAUACGAAAGUAACCAUAAAUCUCCUCUUCAUAUGAGCAGUUAACUGUCAUCAUAAAUUGUUAUACUUUCUUGCCUAAAAAUGAAUGACACUGAUAUUACUGUCUGAACAAUUUCUUCUCAUUGUUCAUCUAUUAGGAUAAAUUUCUGCAAUUACUAAAAACUAGUUGGGAUUUCUCCAUAAGUACACCCUUGCAGGCAUCAAAUGAUCUUUUAUAGACACAUCACACUCAAAAACAUGUAUACAUACAACACAGACACCCACACAGAGGAUAGAGAAAAAUAGAGUUCAAGAGAAAACCACUGAAGACUAACCCUGUAAACUAUUAUGCAUCCAGAUUUAAUAUCACUGUUUCAUUAUUUCACAACCUCAGACUGCCUCAUCACUUUGCAUCCCAUUUAGUACAUCACCUGCUAGGGCUUUUGCUAAGAAUUUUCAUUGUAUGAACAUCAAAACCCUGGAUUGUCGAAUUUGGGGUGCCGAGACAGGUUUAUUGACAUAGCUUCUGCAGCCACAGUGUUCUUCUAGUCAGGUGACUGCUUGCUGUUGCAUAUACAGGCUGAUGAUGUAGUCUCUUUCCAGUUUCACAAACUAGUGUUCCCAGAAUGUUGUGAGCUAUGCCUAAAUGUGGUCACCUGCAUGAUGAAGAAAAGGUACUGCAAAGCUUGAGGGUGAACAGUUGUCAUCCUGCUGUUCUAGUGUAGUGCUAGAUGUUGCAACCUGCAAACUUGCCUUGAUGCAAUCCUUGAUCUUGCCAAAGUGCUGCUGGCAUUCUGCAUUGCUAAUUGAUGUAAUGAUUCAUUAACUUAUUGUUUUUUGUUAUUUUUUAAUGAUGGGGAGGGGAAAGCUUUUUGUCAUUGUGAUAAUUUUUCUGUGCUUCAUGUUCUUUUUUAAAUGAAGGCUUUGCAGAUUAAACAGGGUUUGUAAAGUGA